ACAUGGGAAUGUAGGAAAAUAAAAAAAUAGAGAAAGCACUUUUGCUGCUUCAAAACUGAGCCUGCAAGUUAUUCUGUUUCUCCUUGUUAAUACAUGUUGUGUCCAUUCCUGUUAGUGAAGAUAUAUUCUAUUCUUCCGAUAGAAAUGUAAAGUGUAAUUCCUUAAUUGAACCAAAACUGAAGUUUUGAAGCAGAUACCAAAAUUUUAAACAUGUUGUUAACAUUUUCUAUUGUAGACUUGGGUUUUGACUCCAUUUUAACCCCAUAAAUUGUAUUAUAAUUUUCUCAGAAACCAUUGCAGUAGUUUUUUGAAUACUUGAUUGAGAUGAUUCAUCUCUUGAUUGCUCUGUUUCUGCUGAAAUGGCUCUUGUUCUGGUGCUUCUGUUCAGGUCUCCUCUAAGAAACCUGGUGACCAAGGUAUUGGACAAGAUGAAGGAAGGGAGAGGCCCUGUGAUUGCAAAGACUGUUGCAGGAACUUUGUUUGUUGUUUUUAUCUCUAUCUCAUACAAUAUUAUUGAGAUCCAGAAACGUUCAUUGGAAGGUGGUGUUCUCAAUCCAACCGAUGAGGUUCUAAUGGCAAAUCAAAUUUUGGAAGCAUCUCUAAUGGGGUUUGCUCUAUUCCUUGCACUGGUUACGUAUAGAUUACACUACUAUAUCAAAGAGCUUCCAAAAACAAAGAGAUUGGAGGCAGCUGAAGAAAUGAAAUUAAAGCCUGAUGUAAAGCAUCAUGAUCUGAAAGAACAUCCAAAGAGGGCAACAGCUUCAAGAUGAAAAAUUGAUGUUAGAACUUAGAAGUAAACAGAAUCAUAAACAUACCUCAGACAGGGUCAUAUGUUGUAAUAAGAUAAAAAAUGAGAAGAAUGAACUUCUGCAAAUCUGCAAUUUGAUACAUGGCGUUGGCUUAAGUUUUCAAUAUCUGUCCUUCACUGCCUUAACAUCAUCUAAUUGCUCAAAUUAAAUGGCUAUACACAGUUUUUCUGUUGUCGAAUUAUCCUGCUAACUUUUGCCAACCAAACAUUUCUUGAAUCAAAAAAAUUUUUUUUUUUCUUUGAUUCAUGAGAGAAUAAACCAGACCAGACCUUUCUCAGAAUUUGAAUGAAUUUUAACCUGAAACUGGAAAAAUGGCACGAACUGGACCCAAACCAGAAGGCUACUAUUGGAUAUAUACAAUUAAUCAAUUCAUGAAUAGUACUGGAAGAAUGAUUAACCUGCAGUUGAUGG